CAAAAAAGAAAACAAAAUCUAAAGAAGAGGAGGAGAAGGAAAAGAGGCGAGCGCGGAUGCAAGCCUAGGCCCGAUACGCACAAGAAGAAGCAGGAGUGUUAAAGCAGUUGGAAGGAAGCAGUUCAAGCAGCAGCACGCACCUCCAGGAAGAGCGGCCACAUGAGCAGCACACGCAGCCGCAGCCCAAGCAGUAGAAGCAGCAGCAGACACAACAGCAACAGCACGAGCACGAGCGAUACGCCGUUGACUUAUGUAGCGGUACAUGGCGAGCAUAAAAAGUGAAAUGCCGCCACUGCAUGCGGCAGAGGCUCUGGCCUCAAGCAGUGCCACAGACAGCGGCGGCGGAGGAGGAGGAGGGACAGCAGUUGGCAGCGGCGGCAGUGGUGGUGCUGGGACAGGAGCAGCCGGCGGCGGUGUCAACAGUGCCCCGGCAACCCCAAAUGCCACAAUAAGCGCCGCAGCCGAUUCCAGUGAUAACCAGCCCGGCACACCGCAGCCACCCCAGCAGCAGCAGCCCCAGGGACAACAGCAGCAGCAACAGCAACCACAGCAGCAGCAACAAACGCAGCAGCAGAGCAUGGCCACGGAUCCACAGGUAACGGGCAUUACCCACCAGCCCUAUGCCACACAUCACAUGUACUCCGCCAGUGGCCAGUCCCAACAGCAGCAGCAGCAACAACAACAGCAGCAGCAACAGCUGUACGGCGGCCUAUACGGCGGUGAAAUGCAGCAGCAGAGCUACGCCAGCAGCUACAUCAACAGCUACGAGCAGUUUUACCAGCAGCAACAGCAACAGCAGCAGCAGCAGAGCAGCGACUACAGCUUUGGGAGUGGACUGGUGGGCGGCGGCGACUACGGCAAGCAUGCGGCACAGAGCUCAGGGGUGCGGUACCAUCCGUACCUGCAGACGCCAACAUCGGCGUUACCCAGCGCCGCGGAGGAGGCGGUGAGUGCUCCCAGCGCCGUGAGCACCACCACAUCAGCGAUGAGUCCGCGCGUCGUCAGCAGCAGCAGUCCCACAUCGACCUCCUCGCACCUCCAGCUGGGUGGACCACCCGGUUCCCCCAACGGAGCUGGCGGCGGAGGGGGCUGCAAGUUGCAGUGCAAGAAGUGCGGCAUCCUCACCACCAACGAACAGGAGCUGCAGGAGCACAUCGCCAACGUGCACGGCGAGUCGCCGUACGGGAGCAGCGGGUACGCCAGCUCGCCGUACAUCAAGGAGGAGAUGCCCACCCCUCAGCCACCGGGCGGAUCCAAUCCCGGAGAGCUGCUCGACCUCGACUCCCAGAAGAUGGUCUACCACCAGCAGCUGCUUCAGCAGCAGCAGCAGCAGCAACAACAGCACCAGCACGAGGCUGUCGUCGCCGGCCUGCCUCUGUCGCUGCCCGAUCCCCUCCACUCCAUGCAGUCCAUGCAGCAGCGCGCGCUCCACAGCUGGGAGCAGCCUCAGACGGGAGUGGGAGUCGAGGGACUGCCCCCCUACAUGCAGCAGCAGCCGGGUCUCGGCCUCGGCCUUGGCGUCGGUCUGGGCGUCGGCGUUGACAAGUCGCCGUACUACUCGCCGAAGCAGUCGCCCUACCACCAGGCGGGCGGAGGAGUCGGCGUCGGAGCUACCCUCAUAAAGCAGGAGUACGGAGGCCACGGGCUGAUCAAGUCCGAGUACCCUGACUCGCAGCACUACGUGGACAAGUCAUUCGAUCCGACGGCUGGCAGUGGCGGAGGAGUCGAUCUGUGUGCCAAUGUGGCCACCAGUCCGGCCGAGUUCCCCAGCACAACGACGGGCGGACCGGGCCAGGAUGGCGCCCCGCCAGCAGUGGCCGUGGGCCAGCAGGCCGCUUAUCGCGGCUUCGAGCCCCCCAGCUCUAGCUCCGUGCUGCCGGCCAACAGCCUUACAGCCAAGGCGGCCACCUGGAAGUCGAAUGAGGCGCGCAGGCCCAAGACCUACAACUGCACGGCCUGCAACAAGUGGUUCACCAGCUCCGGACACCUGAAGCGCCACUACAACACGACGCUGCACAAGAACGCGGUCAAGUCGAGCGGCCAGCCAGAUCCAGCCACGCUGCCCAUCUCGGCACACCAUCAUCCGUCGCGCGAUCCCGUCACGAAGCCCAGUCGGCGCGGAAAUGCCGCCGCCGCAGCUGCGGCCGCUGCUGCAGCUGCCGCGGCCGCUUCGGCGGUGCCCCAAGUGCAGCCACCACCGCCGGCCAACGUGCAACCACCGGAGCCGCCUAGAAGUCCGCCCGACUAUGGCGGCGGAGGCGGGGUGGGAGCGGUGGGCGGCGCUGCCAUGUCCCAGUACUCGGCCUCGCCAUCGCCCACCACGCAGCAGCAGCACCACCAACACCAGCUCCAGCAGCAGCAGCAGCAGGCCAACGGCAACGGGUAUCCGGGCAACGGCGGCGCCAAUGGCUACGGCUACGGCAUGCAGCAACAAGUGCAAUCCACGACAAACGCUUCACCACAGCACGCUUCCAGUCAUCAGCAGCAGCAGCAUCCGCAUUCGCAUUCGCAGCAGCAUCUCCAACAGCAGCAGCAGCAGCAUAGCAGCAGCAACAACAACAACAACUCCGUUUUGAACGGUCACCCAAACGGGCUAGCAGGUCCCUCCGCCCCACUCAACACCAACAACAACAACAUCACACAAAUGCCGUCCUCCCAAAUGAGGGGCCUGCUGAACGAAACAACAACAACCACCACCCCCAAAACCACCCCAACAACAACAGCCACAAUGCCAAUGGAAACGGAAGCAAUGGCAGCUAUAAAGAUCGAACAUCUGGAGGACAGCAAUCACACCCACAACAGCCACAACAGUCGCAGCAGCAGCAGCAGCUUAAUGGCCAUGGAGGAGGAGCAGGAUCAGGAGCGGGCAGUAGAUCACCUACAGCAGCAGCAGCAGCAGCAGCAGCUGGAGCAGCAGGAACAGCAACACAGCAACACUCCCAACACGGCGGUCAGCAGCAGCAGCAACACCAGCAGCAUCAGCAGCAGCAACAGCAGACUCUCGCCCCUUACUAUCUACCAUCUUCAGCAGCAGCCGCCGCUGCGGCAGGAGCAGCAGCAGCAGCAGGCAAUGGAUUUCUCGCGCACCACCCCGCCGCCGCAGCCGCUGCCGCCUAUGGGAAUGGGCCAGCCGCAGCAGUCGCUGCUGCCGCCUAUGGGAAUGGACUACAACAUGCUGGCUUUGGAUAUGCCCAUGCCCAUGCACAUGCCCAUGCCCAGCAGUAUGCUGCAGUGCAGCAGCACCAGCACCACGCCGCUAGCUACUAUCACCACCACCAGUAUGGACACUAUGCAGCAGCAGCCGCAGCAGCUGGUGCACCAUUACCAGGCGCUGCUCCACCCCCACCACCAACAUCAGCAGCAGCAGCAGCAGUUGGAGGAGCAUCGGCAGCAACAGCAGGAGGAGGAACAACAACAGCAGCAGGAGGAGCAUCAUCACCAGCACCUGCAGCAGCAGCAGCAGCAGCAGCAGCAUCAGCAGCCGGAUCCGGGGGCUCUAAUCCUGCCGCAGGACAAUAUGCCACACAGCAGCAGUUCGCCGGGCACCAGCAGCUCUCCGCCGCCGCUGCAGCAGCAGCAGCAGCACACGCUCACCCACACCACCCUCACCAUGCCCAUGCCCAUGCCGCCCACCAUGCACAUGCCCAUCACCACCACAGCGCCGCAGCUGCAGCCGCUGCAGCUGCAGCCGCCGCCGCUGCACAUCACCAGCACCAUGCCCAUGCCGCACACCAUGCACAUGCCCAUCAUGCCGCCGCCGCCGCCAUGCUACCAGCAGCUGCAGCCGCUGGAUCCCACAACGAGCUAUCACACUAUUAUUGGUAGUUCCGGCGUCGAGUCUGGCUACACCACGAAUGGGCAUCCCCACCAGAUCACGACCAGCGACGGCCAGGUCUUGCAGCUGAUGCCCGCCUCCCUGUUUGCCCCCUAUGCCCCGCUCUCGCCCUACUCGACGGUGGCGGCCCAGCGAUCGCCACAGGAGGGGGACCUGCCGCCAGUGCACACCCUGACGACGGCCCUCCAGGCCCACGCCCAGGCACAGCAGGAGCAGGCGCACACGCCCACGCUUACAGUGCUCAGCACCCCCUACUCCCCCACGGUGAGCAGCUCGCGGGCCACGCCCGCUUUGGAGCUGGACAUGGCCACCCUGCUGCAGCAGCAACAGCAGCAGCAGGACUACGAGCUGGAGCAGUACCAGCAUCAGAUUCAGCAGCAUCAGAUCGACCAGCUCCAGCAGCACCAUCACCACCAACAGAUGGAGCAGCAAGCCCUGGAACAACAGCAACAGCAUCAACAGCAGCAGCAGCAGCAGCAGCAGCAGCAGAUCCAACUUGUGCAGGUGGAGCAGCAACAGCAACCGACGCAAACGGUGGCACAGUCGGUGCCCAAAAAGCGAAGAGCAACGGCCGCUGCCACACCAUCCACGACGAAGCGGCGACGCAACAGCAGCGUGGGAUCGACAUCGCCGCACUCGACAACGCUGCCCUCCGGGCGGAUCAAGUGUCUGGAGUGCGACAAGGAGUUCACCAAGAACUGCUACCUCACGCAGCACAACAAGAGCUUCCACUCCGGUGAGUACCCGUUCCGCUGCCAGAAGUGCGGCAAGCGCUUCCAGAGCGAGGAUGUUUACACGACACACCUGGGCCGGCACCGUACCCAGGACAAGCCGCACAAGUGCGAGCUCUGUCCGAAGCAGUUCCAUCACAAGACCGAUCUGCGGCGCCACGUGGAGGCCAUCCACACGGGGCUCAAGCAGCAUAUGUGCGACAUUUGCGAGAAGGGCUUCUGUCGCAAGGAUCACCUGCGCAAGCACCUCGAGACCCACAAUCGACCCCGGGUUGUGGGCAAGAAAUCUGCUGCCGCCGCAGCCGCAGCCGCCGCCGUUGUGGCAGCCGCUGCUGCUGCAGCAGCCUCGCAGUCGGAACAGCAGCAGCAACAGUUGGUGACUACUGUCGUAUCCACCCUUCCUGCCUCUGCCCCGUCCAUUAAUCCCAUUAAGGCGGCCUUUGCCCGCUCCCUGACGAUGACGGCCGUGUCGUCGUUGUCGCCCAGGAGCACUCCCAACUCCAAUCCUCAACUGAAUCCCGGUCUCAGUCUUAAUCUGAAGCGAUCCAUCGACGAUGUGGCCGCUGACGAUGACAGCCUGCUGGAGGACGAUGAGGAUGAGGAGGAGGGGGAGGAGGAGCUGCUGCUGGACGAGGCUGAGGAGGAUCAGAUGGUGGAGCAAAUGGAGGCGCAGCAAAUCUUGUUGGUCACAGCCGCCGCAGAGGACAGCCACCAUCUGCUGAUCAAGGACGAGUUUCCCGACGAGGAGUACGAGAUGAUUGAGAAAGAUAUUGAAUUGUAUUAAUAGGUCAGGGAUCAAAGAUCAGGGAUCACGGGUCAGGGACUAGGAUCAGAUCGGAUUUGUGGGCUUAUUAAGUUGUGAAAUGCUCUGAGCUUUGUGGCAAAGAAAGAGAGACAGUUUGACCCGCACUGCAGUUGAGGGCCAGCCAAGUGAUUGACAUGAGCACUGCUUCCAAGUGGUACAGUGUCAAGUGAUUCCCGCUCCGAGCAGUCCCAUACAGCUGCACUGCAGUCCAAGCAAGCAGUCCACCGACCCACAGUUUGAGCACCACUGCACAAUUUCAUAUUUAAACAUGAUUUUGUGCUUAAAAUGUCAUAUAAUUCGCGCAUUGAUUUAGUUUUCAAAUUAAGAAAACAUAUUUUAUUGCCUGGCAGGCAAUAAUUUGCUGUUUUUAAAAGUAUUUUGUUGUUUUUGUAACUUUGAUUUUGAUCACCAAAGCCGCAGCAUUUCAAUGACUUGACUGCCACUCCUUAGGCUGUUCUCCCCCCAACAAAUCCAACCCAUUAAACACUCCAGAAUUCCACAAUUCAUUCCUGUAAUUAGAGAUUGCCAUAUAUAUAGAGAAAAGUAUCUCCCCAGAGAAAAGGUACGAAGAAAACGAAAUGCAGAGAAAAGCAAGAGAAUUCCUAAUUGUUGUAGCAGCAAAUUAUUUAAUUUUACUCGUAUGUUAAAUGUUGUAUUAUUAUUUGUACUCUAAUUACGCCCUACGCCCUAUUUUAAUUUGUAAUUCUAAAAAACUUUUAAUUUGUAUGUGAAAUGAUAAACAAAAACAAACACCUCCAAGUAUACCUCAGCAACACAGCAGCAAACACCGAAACGAAACGCUUAUACCAACAGGGCGCCCCGCGUAUAUGUGUAUAUACUCCCAACCAUAUACAUACAUACAUAUAAUAUAUAACUCUAUAUAUACAUACCAUAUGUAUAAAGCUUGGGAUAUUCGAAUUGUACUUAAUCUUAGAGCAUAUAUAUAUGUAUUUUUUUUUCGAA